AUGAACUUUAAAAAGGCCAAACCUCGGCUUACGGAGCAGAACGGCGCCCAGGAACUGUGCCGGGCACGGGCCCGGGCCCGGGCCCAGGCCCAGCCAAGACAGUCGCAGUACUACGCGCCGCCGGAAGGCGCGCUCCUUCCCCACUGGCCCCACCACCUAACUGCCCCGGAUUCCGUCUUCCCGUCCCAACCUGACAGACCCAGGCGGCAAAAAGCGCCGUCCCGGCCUCUCCCGUUCUGUUUUUCCUUCUUCCCGGCCCCACCAAGUCGGACGCGAAGCCAGGAGGAGCUAAAGCGCCAAGAGGGAGCGUUUCCAGCUAGGGCCGCUUCUCAGCUGACCCGCCCUUUUCGCUGCGGAGGAGGCUGCUGGUGCCACCGUCGCGUCGCGGCCUGCUCAGACUCCAGCGGCGUGUCCCAGCGGCACGGGGCCUUGGUGACGGGGCAGUGCCGGCCCCGGCCGCUGUUACUCGCUUACCACGCUUCCUUGUGCACACAACAGCAGAACGAGUACAUCGAGCUGCACCAUAAGUGCUAUGGGUACCGCCUGGACUAUCACGAGAAGAAGAAGGAAGGCCGCGAGGCUCACGAGCGGUCCGGGAAGGCCAAGAAGAUGAUCAGGCUGAAGGCCAAGCUCUACCACAAGCAGCGACAUGCUGAGAAGAUGCAGAUGAAGACGACCAUUAAAAUGCAUGAAAAGAGAAAUACAAAGGAAAAGAAUGAUGAAAAAACACCUAAAGGAGCUGUACCAGCAUACCUGCUGGACAGAGAGGGCCAGUCCUGGGCUAAGGUUCUCUCUAACAUGAUCAAACAGAAAAGAAAAAGCCUCCAGGGGAAAUGGGAGGUUCCUGUGCCAAAGGCCCAUGCACAAGGAGAAACAGAAGUUUUAGUGAUGAGUACAGGAAAGAGAAAAAAGGCCUGGAAGAGAACGGUUACAAAAGUUUGUUUUAUUGGAGAUGGCUUUACUAGGAAGCCUCCUAAAUAUGAACGAUUCAUUCGACCAAUGGGCUUACAUUUCAAGAAGGCACAUGUGACACAUCCUGAACUUAAAGCUACUUUUUGCCUACCUGUCCUUGGUGUAAAAAAGAAUCCUCCUUCUCCUUUGUAUACAACAUUGGGUGUAAUUACCAAAGGUACCAUCAUCGAGGUGAACGUGAGUGAGCUUGGCCUCGUGACAGAAGGGGGCAAAGUUAUCUGGGGUAAGUAG